GCUGCACUGAUCUGGCGAACUUAAUCAUGCAUAUGAAAGAGUAAUAGUGUGUUCUGAGCAUGUGUUAUUAGUGUGACAACUUGUCUGAGUCCCUGAGAGAAGUUUUGGUAGUGCGCAAGUUUUCCAGCAUGCCCUGAUGAUGAUGCAUGUCUUCAAAUGGGGAGGGAGUCCGUGCAUAUAUUCGUAGCGGCUAUGAUUUAUUUAUAUAAGCAACUGAAUUGAUAGACUCUUGAGAAGUGGACGUGGCUGUUACGUUAAGUGCUUUUUCAUGCAUGCAUGCAUGCAUGCGCGCGUACUUUUACAGUCGAUUCAAUAGUUUUCUGUCACGCGGAGAUAAAGAACGCAUGUUUUAUUCUUAUAGUUAAGAGUAACGUUACUGUUGAAAAUCGUGUGAUUCUCGGCCGUUGGGCUCGAUUCAUUUAGUUAUCUGUAAAAGGGGUCUGGUGCAUGGUAGCAGAAGAAAACUGGCCGAGAUCAGUAAAAGUCUGAAGUUCACAUCCUGACGAUGAGUCAACCAGGUCUGUUUCUCAGCUCUCUUUUUAACUCAUCAGGGUUGAGAUUGAGUCAGGCAAUAUUCCCCAUGCGCACUGUUGUGGUUGGACGAAUCUAUUUGCAGUUCUACAGAAUUCCUGCGGGGUUGUCAAAACCAUCAUGCACAUAGAGUACAUACUUGCUUACCUGGAUCACUGAAGUGUAGUUGUGUCUAUUGUCAGAAUGUUGGAAUCAGCCUGUCGGGACGGAUAUCUGACAGUUGGGUCGGAACCUCUAGAAGCCAAACACUUGAUUCCCAAGAGAGAGAAAACCUGCAGCGACCAGGAGACCAACUUGACCGUGGGCCAGUAUGUGCUGUGUCGCUGGUCUGAUGGCCUUUACUACCUGGGCAAGAUACAGAGAGUGAGCACCUCAAAACAGAGUUGCUUUGUGACGUUUGAAGACAACUCUAAGUUCUGGGUGCUUUGGAAAGACAUACAGCAUGCUGGUGUCCCUGGGGAAGAACCCAAAUGCUCAGUGUGUUCUGACAUGUCUCUAGUUCCUGGUAAUGAAAUUCUUAUCUGCGGGAAGUGUGGAAUAGGCUAUCACCAGCUCUGCCACUUGCCCCCAGUGGAGAUCUCACCUGACUUUCCUCCGUGGUUCUGCAGGAAGUGCAUUUUUGCUUUAGCUGUGAGAAAAGGGGGAGCUCUGAAAAAGGGGUCAAUCUCCAAAGCGCUGCUGAACAUGAAGCAGGUUCUGCCCUAUAAUCCAGAGGAGCUGGAGUGGGACUCUUUGCAUCGCACGAACCAUCAGCAGUGCUACUGCUACUGCGGAGGACCCGGAGAGUGGUAUCUGAAAAUGCUGCAGUGCUUUCGCUGUGAGCAGUGGUUUCAUGAGGCGUGCACGCAGUGCCUACAGGAGUCCAUGAUGUUUGGAGAUAGGUUUUACUUGUUCAUUUGUGCGGUGUGCAAUAAAGGAGCGGAAUACAUCAAGCGGCUGGCUCUCAGAUGGGUGGAUGUAGUCCAUCUUGCCCUGUACAACCUGGGAGUCCAAAGUAAAAAGAAAUACUUUGAACUAGAGGAGAUCCUGGCCUUCAUCAGCAACAACUGGGACCAUUUCCAGAUGGGCAAGCUCUCCAAUACUCCUCUGUCUGAACGGGGCCAGUAUAUUCUUGAUGCCCUCAACAACUAUAAAAGCAAGUUUCUUUGCGGCAAGGAGAUCAAGAAGAGGAAAUACAUUUUCCGACUAAGGACAAGGGUCCCUCCUAACCCCCCAUCUAAGUUGUUUCCGGAGAAGGCCCAGAACAGUGAGGGUCACAGGGGACGCAAGAAAGGGGCCAGCAGAAGCAGUAGCGCUGUACCUGCAGAGAAGAAAAGGAAGAGGUCCAAGUGGCUGCUGGAGGAUGCUAUUCCUAAUAAUGACCUCACCUCUACCUGGAGCAGCAAUCAUCACAUGGCCAACAUAUUCGACUUCACGCUGGACGAGCUGCAGAGUUUAAAGAGCACCAGUUCAGGACAGACAUUCAGCAUGGACCAGGACUCCACCGAUGCAGCCAGUACUUCUGGUUCCGCCACCACCAGCGUCUCCUAUGACUUCAGGAAAAAUGUGGGCAGUCGGAAGAGGAAGUUGCCCUCCUCUAAUUACACCGUGCUGGCCACAAAAAGAGAGAUGGUGGAGCGUGAGCUGAGCCCCAUCAGCAUGCCUGGAGAGGAGAGUAACGUCAUGCUGGAGAACAGCAUCGACAGCCACACCUUUGAGAGCAUCAGCGAGGACGAUUCCUCACUCUCUCACCUCAAGUCUUCCAUCACCAGCUAUUUUGGGGCGGCUGGUCGACUCACCUGCGGGGAGAAGUAUCAGGUUCUGGCCCGCAGGAUCACACCUGAAGGCAAGGUGCAGUAUUUGGUGGAGUGGGAAGGAACAACACCUUACUGAAUAUCACAGAACAGAGGUGUGUAACAGACGGGCCACGACGGAAGGUGUCACGCGGUCCCCCCAUAGUUACUCUCUGUUUUGCUUUUCUGACAGUCAUAGUUUCAGAGUUCUAGUUUUGUUUUUGUUGUUUUUCACCAACCACCUAUAGUGUCUUUUUUUUCUGGUCUUCUGACAUGUGAGACAUUAAAGUGUUUGUUUGUCUUGAAGUCAUUUGCAGUGUCCUUUUAGGGCACUUUAAAUAUCACAGACAUGAUUGAGUCUAGUAACAUACUAACCUUACACAGUGUAACGUCAUUAUUAGGUAGCAGAUAAAGGACAGUAUUAUACAACAUGAAGUCAAUCCAGUUUAGUGUUGGGAUUCAAACAGUGUAAAAGCAUUCACCCCGUGAGUUUCACUUCCUGUUAUUAAGGAUUUCAAAGUCUGAAUCAAGUUUGAUUGAGUUUAAUGUUCAUCCAAAAAUGAAAUCUUGCUGAAAAUGUACUCACCCUCAGUCCAUCCAAGAUGUAGAGGAGUAUGUUUCUUCAUGGGAACUCAUUUGGAGAAAUGUAGCAUUACUUAACUUGCUCACUAAUGGGUCCUCUGUAGUGAAUGGGUGCCGUCAGAUUGAGAGUCAAUAAAAACAUCACAAUAACCCACAAGUAAUUUACACGACUCCAGUCCAUCAAUGAAUGACUUGUGAAGCAAAAGGUUUUGUGUUUGUAAACAAAUCCUUUUAGAUGUUUUCAUCUUCAGACUUCCAGCUAAAAUACAAGCAUCCAUAAUAUUGCUUCCUCCAGUGAAAAUGUUUUGU